AUUAUCCUUAUUUGACAGGUAAGAAAACUGAGACUCAGAACAGAUAACUUGCCUAGCUACUGUUCCAGAGUCCACACUCUUAGCCACGUUGCACUCUCACCACCCUACCAUCCCCCCAGAUGUGAAAGGCGCCAGGUGCCCAGUUGCCACCCACUCACUUUAUCAGGCUCCCCUCCCCCCUCCCCCAGCAGCGUGGCCACAGCUGGGCCUCUGAUCACAGCAGGCCCUGAGAGAUGGGGAAGGUGGGUCACAUGUGGACAGGGCCCCCUUUAUAUCCCCACCACCCCAGCUGGCUCUGUCUUCUGUCACUUGCCCUGCUGGCGACUACCUACACCAGCUGUGCCCACUCAUCAUGGAGAAGAUCCUUGUCCUUCUGCUUGUCACCCUCGCUGUGGCCUAUGCGGUGCCUGACCCCCGGGGAAUCAUUAUGAACCUGGAAGAGGGCGAGCUCUGCAUGAACAGCGCCCAGUGCAAGAGCAAAUGCUGCCACCGGACAAGCGGACUGAGCCUGGCCCGCUGCGCACCCAAGGCCAGCGAGAACAGCGAGUGCUCUGCCAAGACACUCUAUGGAGUUUACUACAAGUGUCCCUGUGAGCGGGGCCUGAAAUGCGAGGCAGACAAGUCCCUCGUGGGCUCCAUCACCAACACGAACUUUGGCGUCUGCCAAGAUGCUGGACGCUCCAAGGAGUGAAACCAACCACCCGCCCUGCCCCCAGCCCAGGACAGUUCCUGACCACCUCUCCCCUGCUGGCCUCCCCUGGACCGGCACCUCUGUUUCUGGUUGGGUUCUUGGCAAUUAAAGCCCCUCCUGCAAACCUU